UGUUAAUGUCGAAGGGACGGCAACUCGCCAAACCUCCUUCCAUAAAAAUCAAUGGGGUACGUAUUCCACACACUAAAGAGCUAAAGUACUUGGGCUUGAUCAUUGAUCAAGGGAUGAAGUGGAAUCAGCAUAUUGACUAUGCUUGCGCUAAGGCCAUCAAGCAAGCUAACCUCCUGUGUUAUUUAGCAGGGAAGGACUGGGGCAUCGGCAGGAAUAAUCUUAUCAACAUCUACAGGCAGGCAAUCGAGCCAACGGUGCUCUACGGCGCCCCGAUUUGGGGUAACGCUGCCUCUAGGGCACACAUAAAACGUGCCCUCCAGAAGGUGCAGCGGAUCUGCCUCUUACGUAUUACUGGGGCUUACAAGACGGCCCUUACGGCCGCCCUCCAGGUCCUAGCCGGUAUCCCCCCGCUAUUCCUAAAGGCCAUGGCAAACAUGGCAUCCUGGAAGCUGACUCAUCUACCGACCUCUGAUAGCAAGAAGAAAGAGCUUAUUAACUAUUUGAACAUUGGUCUUCUCCCUAACCUGAACAUAGACAAUCUGUGCCACCCCACCGAUUUUGUUUCUCACCCUGCUGUUUCCAUCAACUUCCACCCUGCCCACUACCCUCACUUCAAUAUUGAUAUCAACAUGGAUGUGCCUGCGCCCAACUACAUCAUUUUCACUGAUGGCUCCAGCUCCAGCUCGGGCACGGGGGCAGGGCUGGUCCUCUACGACAACAAGAAAGGCCGAGCAAUUCACUCGGCUAACUUUCGCCUAGCGCCCUUCUGCUCUGUCAUGCAGGCUGAACUUUUUGCUAUUUAUCAGGCCCUCUGCUACGUCAAUAAUAAUAGGAGUCUGGACAAUAAUCGCAUUACCAUUUGUACCGACAGCAGAGCGGCCCUUCAUGGCAUUGCCAGGGGCAGCCUUGGCGGUAAACUCCACGCUCUGAUAAUCAAAGAAAUCACAAAGUGCAACAGGACCAUCAUUGACUUCAAAUGGACCCGGGCCCACUCUGGUGUCCCCGGUAACGAGGAAGCCGAUAGGUUGGCUAAAGAAGCCACCCUCGGCACAUCUGACAUUGUGUUUAGUGAUAUUCCGCUGGUGGCCACCAAAAAACUUGUAUGGAACACCAUGAUCCAAAUGUGGCAGCGCGAAUGGGAGGAAGCAAGUACAGGUAGAAAUACCUUUGGCUUCUUCCCAAACAUCACCCAACGCCUGAACUUAAACCACGUACUCAGUGACUUCAUCACGAGUCAGCUGUUCACCGGACACGGCAACUUUCGGGCCUACCUACACAGGUUCGGCCACGAGGUCUCCCCGGACUGCCAAUGUGAAGAAGACCAACCGCAGGACAAUCUCCAUCUAAUUUUCCAGUGCAGCCGCUUCGAUGAACAGCGAUCAAAACUCCUUCAAGAGACCCUCAAGAUCAGUCACAGAUGGCCAUGCAACCCGACGACUUUGGUCAACAACAAGAAGAUCUACAGCGAGCUGACGUCUUUCGUUAAAGCGACAGGUGUACUAGACGUAAGGAACAGGAACAGCUAG